AUGAAAGAGUCUGUUUUUCUGCCAGAAUCCACGCUCAGAAAUGUCGACGAUUACAUUGCUUCUGAGAUGUACACCAUGACAGUUCCACGGACAAAGGGUGGUAAGUAUGUUCCAAAAUUUACUGUCGAUGGGCACGGAAGAUGGAGAGAAGUGAAAAAUUUGAAGGAUGAAGAUCAAAGUAGAGAUCUUCAAACAAGAAACCUUAUCUACCAUGAACUCUUACUUCAAGGACCUAACCAAUCAGAAAGCUCGAAACGACCACUAUCGAUGGUAAGGCGUAGUUUGGAUUCGACAUCUUCAAGUGUGAUGAAUAUGUCGGAGACCCCUUACACUACCCAACCAUCGGGGCACUUCAGGCCAACCACAAAUGAAUCUUUUCGUAGCUACAAACACUUGUCCACCUCUUUGAGAUCCAACGUUUUCCCUGGGCUCGGGAAAGAAAAGUGGGAGAGCUCCUCAAAGAAGGAGUUUGUUCCAAAGCAAAUCCCAGGCCAAUGGCAGAAUGAAAUUGAAGACUUUGGUGUCAAAAAAGAUGCAUACAUGAAAUGGGCGGAGCAUGAUGUUUACAGACAGAGACUAAUGAAGGCUUGGGACAAGUACAUCACAGAAGCACCAAAAGUGGAGAGACAAGCACUUCCAAAGGUUGUCAAGGAAGAGAAAAGCAAACCAUCGCGAGACGGUGAAACAAAGAAAAAGGCGAAGGGAAAGAAAGAAGCCAAGAAAAGCAAGAAAGAGGAUGAAACCCCUACAAAACAAGUCAUAAAUGAACUCCAACCUACAAGAAUUGAAGUACAGCCAGCAAAGUCUGAUGAUGAUUUUUGGGACUUUUAUGACAAGCCUUUUGAACAGUCUUAAAAGCUGUAUCGGUUCGGGAUUUUAACAUUUUAGAAAAGAAAAUUUUAUUUUUAUGAAGCAAACACUCAAUAGAAAAAUUAGACUCCAUAAAGUCAAUUGUUCAGUGAUGAUAAGUUUAAAAAUUUACUUUUAUUCAUUAUUUGAUUCUAAGUGAUUGUGGUUCAUUAGGAAAAGUGAGUUAAGGGUAGAAAGAACAAAUAUUAAGACUAUAGCUUUUCUUUGAUAUUUUUGCCAUUAUUGAUGUAGGACUGUUUCUUAGAAUGAAAAAUCACUUUCAGUGU